AUGAAUAUUAUCACAGCUGCCCAACAGUACAUAUCGGAGAUGAUCAGAUUGGCUGGUCCGGGCAUGAAAGUGAUGAUGAUGGAUAAAUACACGACUAGUGCUGUAUCCUGUGUUUAUGCACAGAGCGAUAUGAUGCAGAAAGAAGUAUAUUUAUUCGAACGCAUCGAUUCUGUUGUUUUAAGAGAACCGAUCAAGCAUCUCAAGUGUAUAACAUUUAUACGACCUACGGCGGAAAAUAUUCAUUUAUUAGCUGAAGAAUUACGGUUCCCAAAAUAUGGACAGUAUUAUAUAUAUUUUUGCAAUAUCAUCAGUAAAACUGACGUCAAAACAUUGGCUGAGGCAGAUGACCAGGAAAUGGUCCGUGAAAUGCACGAAUUUUUCAUGGAUGGCAUUCCCUUAUGUCCUCAUCUUCUGUCAUUAAAUAUUCUUCAUAGCUAUAAUUCAUCUUUCUCUGUUUUGACACCAGUUUUUAUGCGAUCUUUAAAUUCAAUAAUUGCUACUCUACUUGCAUUGAAGAAGAAACCCCAAAUACGGUACCAAAAGUCAAACAAAGAUAGUAAAACAUUGGCAGAAGAAGUUGCCAAGGCAAUCGCUCGUGAAGAAAGUUUAUUUGAAAAUGCCAAAACUGAUACAGUUUUGUUAAUAAUCGAUCGAAGUGAGGAUGCAGUAACUCCUUUGCUGAACCAAUGGACAUAUGAAGCUAUGGUCCAUGAACUUGUGGGUAUCAACAAUCAUCGCGUUAAUAUAAAUACGGCUUCAAAUACCGGUGCUUUAAUACUCUCUCCUCUUCAUGAUCCUUUUUACUCAAAGAACAUGUAUGCUAAUUUUGGUGAAAUUGGUCAAAAUAUCAAGGAGCUGAUAACAGAAUUUCAACGAAAAUCACAGACCAAUCAAAAGCUUGAAUCAGUUGCUGAUAUGAAAAACUUUGUUGAACAGUAUCCGCAGUUCAAAAAGAUUUCUGGUACGGUUACCAAACAUUUAACGGUACUUGGUGAGUUGUCAAAAUUAGUAGCUAAUCGGAAUUUGCUUGAAAUUUCUGAAGUAGAACAGCAACUCGUAAGCGGUGGUGAGCAUUCACAUUGUUUGGCUACUGUUCGACGUCUUCUGCAGCAUGAACAAACGACGGAUCUUGAUGCAACAAGACUAGUGAUGUUAUAUGCUCUACGAUUCGAGAAUCAUGCUAAUAGCGAUAUUCCUGGCUUAGUGCAAUUGUUAAGACGAAAAGGUGUGAGCAAUCAAAAUAUUAAGGUAAUAAGAGCCGUUCUCGACUUCGGCGGUUCAGCUCGCCGAGAAAAUGAUCUCUUUGGGGGCACAGCAAUAGCAAUGACGAAACGUUUCAUUAAAGGUUUGAAAGGAGUUGAAAAUAUUUAUACGCAGCAUGAACCGUAUAUUACUGAAUUAAUUGAUUCACUAUCCAAGGGUCGCCUCUCCGAUACAGCUUAUCCAUACAUAUUGCCACCCCUGCCGAAUCGUACAGAUAAUAUAAUUCUAUUCAUUAUUGGUGGUGCUACUUACGAGGAAUCACGAGCUGUGUACAUAGGAAAUCAACGUGGACGAACUUCGUCUGGUCCGUCAAAUACCAUUCUUCUUUCUACAGCAAUGCUUAAUUCUACUAGUUUUAUUGAAGAACUUCUGGUGGCUACAACAGUUGGAUGA